UACACCUAACCACACGGCCGCCGGCGUGCUCAUUCCGUAGCAGACAGCUGCCCAGACCGGACGCGCGUGUAUUCGAACGUCGUCGUUGAAAAGGCAGCACGCCGAGGCUACCCGUGAAAAACCGACACGGACGUGUAUGCAGUUUUCCAGUCGACAUUAGAGACCAACCGCACGAACAUCUCUUUCGGACACCGAAUCGUCGUUUCCGAUUGGAGAACGAUCGUCGACUGUUAUCCCGUUCAGGCAACGCGGUAAUCCUUUGCCGGGAAGACGGAGGGAACCAAAAGAGGGUGAAACAGAUCCGAGCAGAGAAAAACAGAGAAUUACGCGCGCGUUUCCGUUCGUUGAAUCCGCCAGCAGAAAAGUUCUCUUCCGGUGAGGAAAAGGAACCAGCGAGGACCCGGCUGCCAGGGGGAGAAAACCACCGGUGCUCCGACUGGGUUUGAACUUUCCAGAGAAACGGAGGGAGAAAGACGGCGGCUAGAGGCGCGCAUCGUGAGAAAGGGAACGGGCCUGCGAGAGGGACGAAGAGGUAUAGAGUGCGCGCUGACGAGUGCCGGCUGAUCGAGAUGGCGUUUAUGAUGCCCGUGGUGAAAAACGAGUGGGACAUUUACAAGACUAACCGCAACCGACGGUCCUCGGAGUGCUCGAAUCCCCAGGCAUGCCGCAGCAGAAAGGUAUCCAAACCUUAUAUGGCCAAUAGUACAACACUUGUCCUCAAAGGGGUUAAUAUAAAGAAGGUGUCAGAGUGCUCAAAAUCGGAGGGUCCGUCGCUGUCGACGUCCCCUGGCUCGGAUUUCCUGACGUCCCCGGCCCACCGUUCGGUGCCGCUCACCUCCCGCCACUUCUCGAGGACGUCCUCGAGGGCCUCGCAGUCCUCGCUGCAGAGCCCGAGCAAAAGCACCGGCUCGUCGCCGCCGAAGACCGGCAGCUCGAACUCUCUCAACAAGUUCCACAAUCGGCUGGUGGACAAGCUGAAGAGGUCGUUGAGGAAGGCUGAGGAGUGCGGGGAGGACCAGCGGAACUUGUCGUGAAACAGUCAUGGGGUUUUGGGCCGGCCACCAAUUUCCGGCUCGAAACCGAUCGAGAUCCGACGCACCUCCGCACCCGUUACCGCGACCGAGGCGAUCAACGAGGCGGUGGCACGAUCGUGCCCGGAUCCGCCGGCGUCGGCAUGGUAAACGAAACCUUGGCUAACCAGAAGAAGACGAAGAAGAAGAAGAAGAAGGAGAAGGAGCAGAAGAGGACGACGAGGAUGAAGACAACAAUGCUGGGAGCAAAGUUCCAGCGUGUCGUUCGUCGGUGACGAGAACCCUCCAAUGAUCGUGAAUCGAGGGGUGACCGAACGUUGACCCGAAAGAAAACCGUGAACACGCUGAUGCAACUAAAGGAACAAAACAUCUGGAGGAACGAAGUAGAGGCUUAUUCGAGUGAUGGAGGAUUAGUUCGAAGUAUCGAAGAAAGCGUGAAAGUGACGAUGACGCGGUCGAGUGUCAGACGUCAAGGAAAGGAGUAGUUGAGACUAGAGGUUGACGAUCGCUAUGAAAGAUCCUUGAAGACGAACCACGGUGCACGGAAGUGGCACGGAUUAUUUCGAAGGUCAAGAAACCGCUUCGAGUACUCCGGUCUCCUCGGUACCGCGAUAGGAGGAGGCCACGCGAGAGUUCGUGGUGUUCGAGGUCGAAGGAUCGUGCGGCGAGUGGCGGCCGCCAGCGCAGCAUCUCGAGCUGCCGAAUAUAACGUAACCAGAUGGCGGAGAAGGGAAAUGAUUAAAAAAGUAGAGAAUGGAAGAGACGCUUCUUCUCCGCGAAGAAGAUGAAGAUGAUGAUGAAGAGGAUGAUGAUGAGGAAGAAGAAGAAGGGGCGACGUAGGCCCUCGAGUCGCAGCUCUUUUGCGAGCGAAUUGCGUUAGAGGCGAGGAUCACAGGGGAAAACGUGAUGGAAUCAACGAAGAAGAGAAUGAAGAAGGAGACGAAGAACCCAGCGAAAGAGGUACAUAAUCGCGACCGCAUAAGUAGCCGUCGUGGUGCACGUUCACAGGUGUACAUACGUAGAAUCGCGUUCGCGUAGAGACGCGCGCGCGUGUCGCAAGGGGUUCGCGGCCAGUCGGGAUCGAUAGAGGAUCUCAAUGUCCAGACCUAACGAAACAAGAAUGCUAGUUCCUUCGUUGUACAUUAUCGCGCGUAUAGAGUUUUACCGGCGAGUUUCUGUGGCUGUCGAUAGUACACAUUGCUUUCCGCUCGUCUUGGUUGCGAUCGCGGGAACCGGAAAAUCGUACGAGAUUUGAGAUCGCGGUGCUGUCCAUGGGUUAGAUUCCAUGCUUUUCUUGCUCUUUUAUUCGUAUAAAAUUUGCUAUAAUGACUGAUAAAAGGAAGAAGUUCGGAAAGGUAAAAAUGUAACUGAAGGGCUAAGGAAAAAUACAGUUGGACUAACGCGAUUGAUGCUAACUACCGAGUAUUUAAUAUGAUCAACAUCUAACUCUUACAAAAAUGAUGAAAGUGCAUUUUAUGAAAAUUUCUGUUAAUAAUACCUUAUCCCUUUGCGGUCCGUGCCCUUGGUUUCUCACUUUGAGCUUCACGUCGACGUUAGUUCAUUCGAUUACAGCUUAAUAUGACGCUCUAUUUAUCCAAGAAUAUUUGGGAGUCAUUGAAAUGGUACCUUUAAAUAGUAAAAUUGUGAUACUACAAAUAAAUACAAAAAAAAUUAUUAAAACAGGUAGAGGUUGCAAUAAAAUAGAUUGUCGAGUCUGACUCGACAUAGGACUGCUAAGGGUUAUCUAGGCGAAGAUAUAUUUUAAAUAAUUCUGGAUACUUAAUGCUUUAUGUUAUCAGUCAUUGCAAUGUAAGAACAUCAAAUCCAGUCAGCUUGCAGUAGUCCUAGUAUUACAGUCGUGAUACUAAGAAACAAUCGCAGGAAGAUCCUCGAGCAAGGGAGCUAACAUUGGACAGCACUGAUCCGCGGGGACUAACGAUGGUAGAGUUGGGGAAGCUCUCCGGAGUUUCGGAGUUCGUCGAACAGCGCCGCUGUAACUGGUAGUUUUCCGUUUCCCGCGUACAUUCUCGCCGACCGUAUAAUUUCUUCCCCAGUUCGAACGCUAUUUGUUGCUAUGCUCAUCGCUCCAUUUAUCGAAUCGCUCUAUUCGCGGAAGAACGACUUGCCUUUGAUCGUACAAAAUGGUAAUCAUGAUAAAUGUAUGUUUUUGAAGCAUCAGGACAGAGCAGGCGAUGCUCGAAACGGCGACUAAACGGGGCGUAGCUCGCGUCGAGGCGACGAACGAGGUUCCGGUGGUAGAGCAUCUCGCCUAUGGACGACCGGAAACGCUCGUUCCCAUUGUUUAAAGAUUGCUAGCUGCCUCCGAUGGGUGUGCGCGUGUCACGGCAAAGAAUAAAAUAAAAAAUCGUCGGCGGGACGUUUACCGGGGCCGCGAAAUGCGUGUGUACAUGAUUCGCAGCGUAGGAGACGAAUCUAGAUCGGAUCCAACGGUAUCGUUUCGACGCGAACCGGAAGUGUUCACGGAAGACGAGCUAAGACGAAGAGCCUGUCGUCGAAGAGAAUAUUUUCUUAAAGACGGUCCUCGCAACGCAUCGGGGAGUAUCGUAGCGCUUUCCCUCUGUCCCGCGCCCGAGGUAUUCGAUCCUGCUAUUUCGAUUAAUCGUUACGAAGCAUUUGUUGAAUUCUUGUAUAGUGUAGCCGUUACCGAAACGAGCGAGUUAUUCCGUUAUUCGUUCUAUGAAUAACCGAAUUCUCCCGGGGAAACGUGACGGGAGGAGAAGUGUUCUCGAAAUUCGGACGCAGAACGACGUCUUUCGAAAGGCAUCGGGCGAAAUCACAGAGACACCUGAAAAUGGAAAAGCAAAAACCGAUCGUUCCCUUUCACCGGUAUUUCGGUGCGAAACGAAAGCAAAGAGAGAAGAAAAAAUUCGAAACCAAAGAACGUCUGAUUCCGUUUCAAUUCCUUUUCGUUCUAUUGUUACCUUCGUUAAUGGACUGCGGAUUAUACGCAUUUAUAACGAGCACGAGAGUCGAAACAAAAGUAUCGGUUUAACGGGAAUUUCAUUGGAUAUUUGUUCCUCGUUCGACGUCUAGAAACUUUUCACGGAAAAACCAAGUUUCCGGUUAAUACUACGUUCUUCUUUUUCUGGAAUAAUUGUAAAAGAUAAAUAUAUACACGCACGAACACGCCGCAGUCUAUUCGUUAACGUUCCAUUUCGAUGUCGAGCCUUCAAUUGGUCAGUAUUAAGUAAGAUAUAGGGAUCCUAGAUGUGUAGCCGAGCAGAGCGACAUUCUUCUGCGUCCAUAUUCGCUAAUCUCUAAUUUGUUUCGCUAGCGUGCGCGCGUGCGCCCGCUCUUCUUAUCGUUUACGAAAUUCACGAAGUGGGAGCAAUUAAGCGAUACCGCGUGUAACUCUGUGAUACCGUAAGCUAUAAGGUAGAAUUAUUUUGCAACGAUCAAAGUAAACAAAACGACAAAAAAAAAA